ACGUUGACAGCGAUGGAAAGGGACCAUAGGGACUGCAAGGAACGACAACGAUGCGAAGAGCAUUAUGACGUUAAUGUUAAUGACGUCAUAGAAUUUCAUGACGUUAUGUUGUCAAGGCUUAGAAAAAUGGUGGACAAAAACAAUGAUCAGAAGAAUCCAAGUUAUUUAAGAAUUUAGACAAGUUUUUAAAAAUGGAAAAGUUUUCUUUCAUUUUCGUGUUGGUCUUUUGUUUGUGUCUCAUGCUUAUUUCGUUCUCAAAUGGAGCGCCAAGUCCAUCUAGUGAUAUUGUCCACAAAGUAGGAGGGACGUUGGAAGAUUGUGCUAAAUCAUGUAUUCAGGAAAAGAGUAUUAAAUGUCGAUACUUUAAGUUUAUCAACGUAUCUCAGACUUGCUUAAUGUCUGCUACCGAUCAUCCGGACAUUUCAGCUUUCAUUAAAAAACAUUCAAUAUCUGGCACUAGCUCUGCAGAAAAUCCACACGGUGAUACCUCUUCACAUCAACAUCAGCAGCAUCAUUUUCCAGUAUCACAACAUACAUCAGAAUCGGAUGUUAAACUUAAAGAUUUAUUAAGGAAAAUAGUCCUAUUGGUUAGAAAUACCAAUGGCAAGCAAAGUAACAAACUACAUUUACUGAUGAGUAAGAUAGAUUCACUUCAGGGCGACUAUAGAAAAGUUCAGGAAAUGGUUUCUAGUUUUGAAGAAUUAAGUAAGGAAAUGGAAGCAGCGUCAAAAGCAAAAACAGAAGAAUUAAACUUAUUACACAAUGAUAAAGAAUCACGAGAAAAGGUUCUGAAAUUACUGUCGGAGAAAUUACAGAGUUCUGCUGCACAAGCAGAUAGAGUUACAUCUGAACUCAGUAAUAUACAUGAUACACAGAGAACGUUUGGUACAGAGAUAGAAGCUUUAAGACAAGCUGAAAAUGAUAUGUAUGGUAAUGUGGUUCAGAUAAAUCGUAAAACUACUAAUUUGAAUAGCAAUAUUAAUCACAUGAAGAAUGCUGAUACAGAAAUAAAGAAAGAAAUUGAAUAUUUGAGACGAAAUGGUCGGGAUAAAGAUAUGCAGUUAGAAAAACUUAGACGUGAUAUGAUGACAAGCAAAAGUGAAAGUGAUUCAAUUCGACCGGCAGUUAAAUCAUUGGAAAAGAAUCAAAAAACAUUAACCAGAGCUCUCGAAACAAUUGCUCAUAAAGUUGAUAAUAUGGAAGAUUAUGUCAACAACUUUCAGAAAUCCCUGGAUAAUUAUGGUGAAAAAUUAACAAGUAGAUUUGAUGAUGAUAAGGAAUUAAAAGAUAGAGUUAGGAACUUGGCAGAUGUACUCAAAGAUACCAAGGAAAAUGUUGAUAAACUUAUAAAUCCACAAUCGUCAUUGAAUAUGGAGAGAUCUCAAGGUUUAUUAAAAAUGAAGAGCGAUAUUAACGUCUUAUCAACAUCGAUUAAAACUCUACAAGAAGAUAGUAAAAGUUCUAAGUUAGAUAUGACGAAUAUUGUACGCGAUCUUGCUAAUGUUCAGUUAUCUAGUCAAGAUAUGAAAAAUCAACUCGGAAUUGUUGCUAGAGCCAGUAAACAAUUACAGGCUGAAAUGAUCACCAUUCAACAAGCUGAGAAAGAGAAACCAAGUGUAGUUGAAGUAGCUCAAAUGCAUAAACGAGUUUUGGUUGCUUUGAAAGCCACAGAGAGUAAAGAGGCUCGGUUAUUGGAAAAAAUACAACAAUACCAACAAGCAGUAGCAGAUAUUGCUAAGAAAGUUAAAGAAGUGGAAGCUGAUAUUGCUAAAAGUCGAAGGGAAUCUAAAAUUGAUGAAGCUGGCUCAAAAUCAAAACUGCCAUCAUUAGAUUCGGCUUUGGAAGAUUUCAAGGUGCCAAAAAAGUCUUCUAUUGGAAACCAGGCUAUGUUUCUUCAUCAACUAUACAAAUUAAAAGAUGAACUGAAUAUGUUGAAGAGUAAUGUGUACAAAACAACCACACCCAUAUCCUCUGUUGUUGAUCAAAUCUU